AUGAAGUCAUGGGCUGCGCAAUCAACCAGUCGACUGUCCAAAAUCAGGCACGACACUGCUGCCAGUACCUGCCCAGCCCACUGGAAUGCGCUGAAGCUGAAUGGCCGCAUCCGCACUCAAGAUAUCCGGUCUGGUCUGAAUUACGUCCUCGACAAGCAUCCCCAGUACAUGUACCUUGCGCAAGCUGGCCUUGUUACCAUCAACAUCGGUGUCUUCCUGUUUUUGUUAUUGGUAGCAGGAUACGCCGGCCUCAGCAAGCUCCAGCUCGGGCAGUAUGUCAACGACAAAGUAUUACACGCCGGGACCUUCUUCUUGCUUACAGUUGUAUUCUACUGGAUUGUCGACACCAAUCGCCGCCGAACCCUAAACAUGACGCUGGUUGUUUGCACACUAUGCCUCGGCGUGGGAUCCGAGUUUCUGCAGAGCUUCCUUCCCAACGAUCGCGACUUUGACCUCUUCGACAUCGUGGCGAAUAUUGUCGGCAGCUUGGUUGGUUUAGGUCUGUGCUCGUGGUACCACAAGCGCAUGCUGGAGCGUAAGAGGCAGCGAAAAUCGUACAAUCCCGUUCCAGGAGAGGAUGGCGAAGACGUCGAACUGGGCCAAGGCCAGGAGAGUGGCAUUGUCGAUGCCGGCCCAUCCAGGGUACGGACAUUGGAGGAAGAGGUGGAUAAUUGGGAUGAAAAUGCCCCGGAUGACUGGGAUGAGGACGAUGUGCCGGAGACGUCAGCUCCGCCUCCUGUCAGGAGUCAAGAACCCGACACCGUUGACAUUGGCGAUGCAAAGAAGCGGACAGACUGA